GCCAAAGAAUCAAUCUGCAAAGAAGCAGAUAUUAAAGAAAUGUUACUCCUUACAGAAUAUGGGAUAGUUGAUUAUGAUACUGAAACCGAGACCCAAGCCAAAGUACAAGAGAAUUACAAACCAAAACAGACUAUGAAGUUAGUAGAAAGUAGCUCGAAGAAAAUUGUAUCAAAGCAAACACAACAAGAAAUGAUUCCAACCAGAGAUAUUAAAGAAGAACUCUAA